GCUGCGACCAAGUGACAGAACUGAGGUACAGAGUAAAUUCUCAGGACAUAUGAAGAACGUUCUGACGCGACGUAGGUAGUCAGGAUGGUUUUCAUCUUAGGCGUCAAUUUCUCCGAGCGCAAGCUCGUGAAGAAAGCUCUCGAGUCUUUCUACGCCCUGGGUCCCAGCACCUCGGCCCGCAUUCUCGCGAAAUACUCCAUCCACCCGCUCGCCAAAGUCGGCUCCCUCCCACCAAAGACCGUCACAUCAUUAACCGCCGAGCUCUCGGGCAUGACCAUCGAAUCCGACGCAAAGAAGAUCAUGCGAGAGAACAUUAAACGUCUUAAGGACAUGGGCAGCUACAGGGGUAGGCGCCAUGCCAUGAACCUACCCGUCAGGGGACAGAGGACGAGGACACAGAUCGAGACGGCGAAGAAGUUAAACAGGAUCGAGCGGAGGGCAUGAGGCUGGUUGUACGGAUGGUACGGAGUACCGAAGAGGAUAUUGGGUUUGGGUUGGGCUAAAAGGCUUCGUGCUGUCAGAAGCAUCCGGCACCGCC